UGGCGACCGACCAAUAUACAUAUAAAUACAUAUAUUACGGGCGGACGUAAAAAUCAAAUUUAACUAAUUUUAAUGAUUUUGAAUCCGACAAUCAGUUUGUGUGUUGGUCGCCUAAUGGCGACCAGAAUAUUACUUUAGCCUAACCUAACCUAAUUCACUGAUUAGGUAGAGAAGAUUGGGUUAGGUUAGGCUAUAUUAAAUUCCCGACUACCAUUAUAGCUAUGAUACGUUGAAAUCAUGAAUACAGAAGUACACGAGUUAUACAUAUAUUGGUCAUCGGUUGCCGUGCUGUUGCCUGCAGAAACAGUAGAAAAGCGGGGAUCCCAUACUAAUGCGUAUGUUGUCACGGGCAUUAAAUGAGGUAUUCUGUUUCAAACGAAGCUGACAGGGCGAAUUUAUUGUGGGCGGUGGAACAGCGACCGCAGUUGCAGCUAAAGAUGCGGCAGCGACGGAUGCAGAUAAAUAUUCAGCGACAGCCGAAACUGUACCCGCUACAUGCUGGGUAUACCUCGCAUCAGCACCAGCCGCACCCGCACCCGUGCCCGCAACAUGCUGAAUAUACCCCGCAUCAGCACCAGCUGCAGCCGUACCAGCCACUGCCGUAUCCGUACCCGCACCAGCAGUAUCCGUACCCAUACGAGCUGUACCCGUACCCGUACCCGUACCAGACGCAGCCGUACCAGCCGCAGCCGUACCAGACGCAUCCAUAUCAGCCACAACCGUACCAGACGCAUCCAUAUCAGCCGCAGCCGCAGCCAUACCAGCAACAAGCUGAAGAUACCACAUACAGGUCCAUGCAGCAGCGGGAGCUGCGGCGAUGCAGGAGAGAGCUAAAACGGCUGCAACGGGAGACAAUGCCGCGUCGAGGCAGACGCAACUGCACUAAUCGGCCCGUGAACCAAUAUUGCGGCGCUUGCCAUAAGCCCGUACCCGGUUGCAGGCGGUACAUCUAAGAAGUGAGUACGACGAUAAUAUACAUAUGUAUAAUAAU